AUGGAUUUCAAGGUGGCACCAUUCUUCCGCACAACCUCUGCUUACCUUCAGCCUGAUCACACUGCCAUCAAAAGUAUGAACGUGGACAGUCAAACUUGUGCCUGGAAGAGUUUGUGGGCGGAAGAAGAAGCCCUCUUCAAGGAUGUGGAAAACAAUACUGCCCAGCUGUGUAAAAAGAACGGGAACAGUCUACAACGAGACCGAACAAGGAACAGUAAAAGAAGGCCAACACAAGAACAGAACAGCAAUAGCAGCCCAAUGUGUUCAGAUUCACAACGCUACAACAAACUACUAGGAUUCUGCAAACUGGCCGAAUCCAAUGGCUAUGAGUAUUGUUGGAUGGACACGUGUUGUAUCGACAAAUCCUCUUCAGCCGAACUUUCUGAGGCCAUUAACUCGAUGUUUGCAUACUACAGAAACUCACAUAUCUGCUAUGUUUAUCUCGACAUAGAGACCUCUGGUGACAGCGUUACCUCGGAGGAGCUGCGAAGUAGUCGGUGGAUCAAACGCGGAUGGACAUUACAAGAACUUAUCGCUCCGAAAAAUGUAUGCUUCUUCGACAGACACUGGAAAUUCUGCGGUAGCCGUGCUUCUCUGGCGCCAGUGCUCACCCAGAUAACGCAUAUCGACUUGAGGUUGUUGCACAAUGUGUACUCUCUCGGGGUUUAUAGUAUCGCCACAAAAAUGUCGUGGGCAUCCGGGAGGGAAACGACCCGCCCCGAAGACAUUGCAUAUUGCCUUUUUGGUAUUUUUGAAGUUCAUCUCCCCCCAUUAUACGGCGAGGGUCAAGAUGCAGCCUUCAAACGUUUGCAAGAAGAGAUCAUCAAGAAUUCCAUGGACCUCUCAUUUCUUGCAUGGGAUGCAGAUUUGACGUCCUUGCUUAGGCCAAGGAGUGGGCUGGCUAGGAGUCCAGAAAGCUUUCGUAAUUCUGGUGUGGCCAGCUACGUUCCACUCGGAAGAAGCCACCCUUUCCACAUGACAAACAAGGGUCUCUGUUUGACUUUACCCCUUAUUGACGUGAACAUUACAGAACCAACUGACGCAUCGCAAACAUUUUCAGAAUAUAUUAUGGUACUACCAGGCUCGAUCUUAACAAAUAUUGAUGAACCUCCAAAAAUUAAUGUGAGAGUACGGAUUUGGCAGGACAAUUGGGAGAACAUUUACUAUCGUUGUCCAGGGCUUGUAAACAGGCCGGAGAUUGUUGAGCCCUCGUCACAGCAGCUGUCGGAAGCACAGACUAAGAAGUUCUAUCUUGCUGUUCGAGACCUGCCUCCUGAUAUGUUGAAGCGCUAUUUUCCCUCGUCACAGCAGCUGUCGGAAGCACAGACUAAGAAGUCCUAUCUUGCUGUUCGAGACCUGCCUCCUGAUAUGUUGAAGCGCUAUUUUCCGGGGCGGACCUCUUUGAUGUGA